UCAUUUGCUCCACCAAUUACAGUUCCAGCAUCAGAGAGUUUAAGGUGUUCCGUGCAAACACUCAAACUCCUCUCUGACUCGUACGCUCACACACAUAUAUCACAGUUGUGGAAUUUUCAACUCUUUCUACUCUGAGAUCCUUCACCACCUCUAACAAUGGGAGUGGAAAUACCUGAGUAUUCAGAUGCUGAUUUCACCUAUGAUUAUGAGUUUAUCAGAAGAGGUGGGCUGAUCUUUGCAGCUGUUUUGUUCUGUUUGGGUAUGGCUAUCAUAUUCAGCAAAAAGUUCAACUGUGGAAACAAGGCAUCUGCUAAAUAAGGCACAUACAAUAUCCAUGCAAUAAAAGAAAAAAAAAAAACAUUCUACGUCUCUUACCUCUUGGUUUCUUCUAGGGUUAAAAACAGUGGUGGUCGUUGACCUCUCCUUCAUUAACCUUCACUGUGAGCAUGCAAAUGCAUUAACAUACAGUGUUACACUUUUAGCAAGCAAGCAUAUUUCUAGAAAGCAUUUCAUCAUGUUUUAUAAAAUAAAUAUCAUGACUGUCUAUCAAGAAAAGAAAAGGUCAUCAUCUUUCUUACUUUCUUAUCUCAGAAAUUCUGAAUGAAUUACAGAUUCACAACACGUAAAUGUAUAGGCUAUUAAAAGAAUGUUGAUAGACAAGUUUCCCGUAUAUUCAGAAAUCUAAAUUCCAGUUCUCUUGCUCCGUUUUCUGCAGGUUUCAUGGUCACUUGUGGUCUCAGUGUACAGUGAAGGUUUUCUUGUUUUCCUGAUAUAUUGUUCAUUUUCAUUCACAAUAUCUAUGUAUACUCUCACAAUAAAAUAAAACUCCAAAUUG